AAUAAAAAAAAAGAGCAGGACAACAAUAAAGUCGGAAAAGUAAAUGUCGACUUUAUCAGCUCUAACGAUUAUCAAAAACUCUAAACUCGAUUGAAAAAUUUACGAGUUUAUCUGAUUAUCAAAUACAAUAUUUAAAUAAAAUUAAUGUUGGACAGUUUAUCAUAUUUAAAAUUCAAAAAUUUAAAACUGAGUUCCUGGUGACUACCUCCGUUGAAGGAAUUCAAAAAAACUUGAUACAGAAUUUCAACACCCGGCUCUGGCUCUGGUUUUCGUUUUCGGUCUCACUCUGUCUGUAAUCAAUUUUUAUCAGCAAACAAAACCUGUCGAGUUGGCCAGUCAUAACAUAAAUGUUCAAACUUAUCGUUUAAUUUUUAAAUUCGGAUAUAAAUAUAUAAAUAUAUAUAUUUAUAUAUAUAUAUAUAUAUAAUUGUCAAGUGUCUGUCAGAAGUGAAUUAUCUCCAAAAUGGUAAAGUCAAAAUCUCAUGAACGGACACCGAAAGCUAAAAACAAACAUUUGAAUCACGUCCAUUACAAAAAAGAAACCGAGUCAUCAAGAAUGAAUCUGAUGAAUUCAGUGCUGACGGUGACGUGCAUGGCAGUGGCUGCUUGGUUUGGUUACAAAGGUUAUUUGGAGACGAGAGUCAACACUCCCUUUGAUUCUGAAAAGCUGGUGGCUAUCAAUGGCCUGGACACCGCAGAUCGAUACUGGGGUUCAUACCGACCGGGUUUGUACUUUGGGAUGAAGACACGAGAUCCCCAGUCUCUGGUGAGUGGUCUCAUGUGGUACCGGCCUCACAAUCUGCGCCAAGGAGGCGAAAGUUUCAGGCACUGGUGCGAGCAGGGAGACAAGUUGGACAAGUACGGAUGGCUGGAGCACGACGGCAAGACUUUUGGAGUCCAGGAAAUCCACGACGGCGACUUGAUAAUUAAAACUUCUUAUGUCAAGAAGCCGGGAGGUCGCCACGGGGGUGACUGGACCGCGCGAAUUGGAGUUACGUCUAAAAAUCAAGAGCCCAAGGACGCCAAAGACGUCAAAGAUCAGAAGAGCCAGGAGAUAUCGUUUAUAUUUUACUCCGCGCUCGAGGAUAAGUCGACGGGGAACAUAAAAGCUUCUCUGGGUGCUGACAACCGGCUGUCGGGCAUGGAAGGUUACACGGAUGGCCUAGGUGCUUAUAGAUUCAGUAUGAACCCUACUAAGGGCACCGUUGAGGAACACUCGUUCCUGAUCGCUGUCACGCCGGGAUUGAACCUGGUGAAAGAGACUAUUCUUCAGAAUCUGAGGCUUGCGUCGCAGAAAGGCUCAAAUGUGAAGCGGAUUGUCUUGGGAGGGGAUCAGCUGCCACUUGAUAACGAAGGCAAGAAGAGUGAUCCGAAUUUCUGCGCCACCCAGGUCACUGCCAAGGUUCCAUUUGAGUUCGAAGUUUUAUUCGAGUCUGGAAGCGUUCCGCUGCGCAAAGAAAAACUCACGGGAAAGAACUUUGAGGCCGCGCUUUCUGAACAGCGGAAACGGUUCAAUGACAAGUUUGAAAAAAUUUUCAAGCUUACGGAGAAGGGGUUCAAAGAUGACGCGAUUGAGUUUGCCAAGUACGCGUUCUCAAAUUUAAUUGGGUCUAUCGGAUACUUUUACGGCAGCUCCCAGGUCCAGAGUGUGCACACAAAAAGUCCAGUUCCUUAUUGGAAGGCUCCGUUGUACACUGGAGUUCCCAGCAGGAGUUUCUUCCCCCGAGGAUUUCUGUGGGACGAAGGGUUCCACGGACUGCUGAUUGCUACCUGGGACCUGGACAUAGAAAUGGACAUAAUGAGCCACUGGUUUGAUCUUAUGAACUCCGAGGGCUGGAUUCCACGUGAAAUGAUCCUCGGAUCCGAAGCACUGGCCAAAGUUCCUGAGGAAUUUGUGACUCAGAUCAGCACCAACGCGAACCCGCCGACGUUUUUCCUGACACUGCAGUACAUUUUGAACACCCGCGAGUCCGAGCUACUGGACAGACACUACAAGCUCCUAGACAAACUUUAUCCGCGACUGCACGCCUGGUUCGAGUGGUUCAACACCACCCAGGUCGGAGACUUACCUGGCACUUAUCGUUGGCGCGGACGCGACAGCUUAACCAACCGGGAGCUGAAUCCCAAGACACUCACAUCCGGUCUUGAUGAUUAUCCAAGAGCGUCGCAUCCCAACGUCGACGAGCGACACGUGGACUUGAGAUGCUGGAUCGCAUUCGCUGCAGGAGUCAUGACGCGGCUGGCCGAGCUGCUUCAUCACCCAGCUGACAAGUAUCGCGAUACUCACCGCUACCUCACCGACAACGAUGUGCUCAACAACUUGCACUGGUCACCAACCAGCCAAUCCUACGCGGACUACGGUCUCCAUACCGACAAAGUCGAGCUCCGAAGACCCAGUGCCCCUCCAAGAUCUCCAGCUUCCCCGGAGCUAAUACGCAUUGUCCUGGAAGACCCGAGUUUGAAAUUUGUCGACACGACCUUCGGUUACGUCUCCUUGUUCCCCUUCAUCCUGCAGGUCAUAAAACCCGACUCGCCACACCUAGAGAAAGUCCUCGGGGAUUUAGCAAAACCCGAGCUGCUCUGGACCAAGUUCGGACUCCGUUCCCUGGCGAAAACUUCUCCUCUCUACGGCAAAUAUAACACCGAGCACGAUCCUCCCUACUGGAGAGGCCCCAUCUGGAUAAACUUGAACUACUUGACCCUAAGGGCGCUCAAUUGGUACGCGGAGACUCCAGGACCUUAUCAAGCCAAAGCUAAAAAAAUUUACCAAGACUUGAGAGAGAAUAUAAUUAAAAACAUGCUGAUGCAGUUCAAAAAAACCGGGUUCAUUUGGGAGAACUACGGAGAUGUUUAUGGUGAAGGAAAAGGGAGCCAUCCAUUUACCGGGUGGUCUUCUCUAGUUGUCAUGAUCAUGGCAGAGAUUUAUUAGAUUAUUUGUCAGUAGUUAGUUAAUUUAUUUGUUUUUUUCUUCAUUUAAUACGCAGACUUACGCGGACAAUCAUUUUUUUAUCACGACGUUGAUUGGGUGAUGUUUUUACUCUCGAUUAUUUGUCUUUGGAGUAAUUUAUGUUUUAUAUAUAUUUAAAAAAUUUCUAUGGACUUUAUAUAGAUAACUGAACUUUACAUUUUGUACUUGGGAAAAAUUUUUGGAGUAAAAUUUUAAUCGGUAAUUAAAAAAAAUGAAGACUUCCGGUUUAAAAAAAAUAGACUUUUCUAAAAGUGUACUCAUUGUAAUUUAUAUUUCUAUGGGGUCGAGAUUUUAAUUAUUGGAAAUUUAGAGCUUAUGCUACUUAUUGUUUUUUUUUAAUUAAAAAAAAAAAUUAAUGUUUAAGUGGACCGCGAGUCAGAUGUGAAAAGUUCACAUGAUUAAUUAUUUUACAUAAAAGUAAUUAUUUUUAAAAUUUAAAUGAACUAAAAAAAAUAUUUAAAUUUUGGCGGGUAAUUUAAAAAAAUUAAUUUUUAAAAAAUGUGUUCAUUUAUUAAAAAAAUUAAUAGUUUAAAUUUUAAUUUGAGCACGAGUUAAAAUCGAGGAUAAACCUCACUCACGAUUAAUUUAAAAAAUUUUUUAAAUUUAAUUCGUGAGCUGGUUCUCACUAGAAAAAUUUAAUUUCCUUUUGUUAUUAUUUAUUGUCGACUGAUAAAUCGUGGCAAUAUUUAAAUUAUUAUUUAUUAGAACAAUUAUAAAUAUUUAAUUCGUAAUUGAAGUUUUUUAAUUAACGUGUAUUUGAUAAUUAAAAAUUUAAUGAUACUGAAGUUAGCCGACGUCUGUUAAUUUUUGAAUUUUUUUAAAAACGAUAAAUUUACAAAAAAAUAUUUCAAAAAAUUACGCAUGCAGUUUUUUAAAUUUUCUACAUUUACAUUUUUUUUGUAAUUGAAUUGAAAAAAAAAUCAAAAAAAUUUUAAAUGUCUACUAAAAUCAGGAUCAUAAAAUUUGAAAAUUUUUACACGCAUUUAUAAUUAAUAGUAAUAAUAAUAAUCAUAUCGAUUAUUAAAAAUAAUUUUAUCCGCAUUUUUAAAAGCUUCUGCAUAUUUAAUACUUGACUGUAUAUAUUUAUAUAUAUGUAUGUAUCUAAUAUUAACAUUAUUAAUAAGUAUAAGGGUUUUUUUUCUGAUUGUAAGGAUAAUGUAUAAUAACAACAAUUUAAAAACAGAUUUUAAUACAGACGUCGAUUAUUUAUUAAAAAUAAAUCGACAACUGGCUGUGAAAAAAUAAAAAAAAAACAUAAGCAAAAAAUCAUAACAUUUUUCCGUAGUCUUGGGAUUAAUAAACUUUUUCAUAACCAUAAUAAAUAAAUGAAUGAAUGGAAUAAUAAUUAUAGAUUUAGUGUUAAAAAUAGAAUGUCAAUAAAAUAAAGUAACUGUAAGAUUUGAAUUUGAAAAUAAUCGAGAUUUAACUCUAAGUCUUUUGUUAAUAAACUUGUAAAGUUUUGUUUUCUGGUAUGCGAAAUUGUGAUGUGUACUCAUAUAAGUAAAUAACUUAAUAUAUACAUAAUGUAAAAGGUAAUUACAAUACUAA